GCCAUGCUGAGCUACUACAUCACCACCACGAGCAGGCUGUUGUGUUGCAACGAAAGAGUUAAAGUCCAAAAUCCUAUUACGGCCUUUCUGUGGGGCUACACUUUAAUUGAUUCAGCCGUGUCACGUGGUCGGAUAUCAGUGCUGGUGCCGGUUGGAGUUUAACCAUCAGAUACUGUCCAAACAGAACACCAUGGACCUUAUGACGGAUCGGGAUGUGCAAAAGUACAUGGAGGAUGGAUACGUGGUUCUGGACGGCCUGCUGUCCUCCCAGGAGUGCGAUGAGCUGAGGCAAAGGAUGUCAGAGAUUGUUGACCACAUGGACGUCCCGGCGCACUGCCGCACCACCUUCUCCACCUAUCACGAUGAGCAGCUCAAAAAACAGGGAAAUGCUGACUAUUUCAUCACCAGUGGAGACAAGAUCCGCUUUUUCUUUGAGAAGGGAGUUUUUGACGACAAAGGGGAAUUCAUUGUUCCAAAACAGCGGUCGCUAAAUAAAGUUGGACACGCUCUACAUGCCUAUGAGCCGUUGUACAAAAAAGUUACACAUUCACCCAAAGUCCAGGGAAUGGCAAAGAAGCUGGGUCUUGUUAGUCCUGUGAUACUGCAGAGCAUGUUCAUCUUUAAGCAACCAGGGUUUGGUGGAGAAGUGACGCCUCAUCAAGAUGCCACAUUUCUGUACACGGAGCCCCUGGGCAGAGUAAUGGGGCUGUGGAUCGCCCUGGAAGAUGCCACUGUUAACAACGGCUGCCUGUGGUUCAUCCCGGGGUCACAAAACAGUGGCAUUUCUCGCCGUAUGGUGCGGACACCACAGGGCACCUUUCCCCUGACAGACUUCGCCGGUCGAGAGCAGACCCACGCAGACGAGAAGUUUGUCGCUGCACCUGUUAAAAAAGGUGGUGUAGUCCUGAUCCACGGGGAGGUGGUGCAUCGCAGUGCCGAAAACACCUCAGAGGACUCUCGCCACGUCUACACCUUCCACCUCAUGGAAGCCCAGGACACCCGCUGGAGCCCCGACAACUGGUUGCAACCCACAGAAGAGCUUCCUUUCCCACUUCUCUACACAAAAUGAAGGAUUUAAUUUUUUUGGCAUUUGGUGCUGCAGUUCAUGGAGAAACACAAGAUCCUUUCUUUCCUGAUGAACAUGUCUUAAAUGUUUUUAACCGCGGAAAAUCAUGCUGCCAUUUCUCUCGUGGUAGACUGGUAUGUAGUCUGUUCGACGGCAAAGUUAAUACUGGAUUAAUGGUGACUUGAUGAUUGUUUUAAUGUUUUUAAAUGAGAAGUUUUUAAUACAUUAGAAAAUGAAUAAGUAAACUAUUUUUGUACUUUUUGAUCAAUUUUCCAUGGAGACAAAACAUCUGAAAUGUAUGCCUACUUUUAUUCAGUAACUCCUCAUCAACAAUUCUUAUUAACCAACUUUAUUAUUCUUCAAAGUCUUUUUUUUAUGUCAGAACAAAAUGGCAGAUUCCUAUUUUUACAGACAAAAGUAAGCAUUAUUUUCAAGUAUGUUCAUGUUCAAGAUGCAACUUGAUUGAAAAGCAACUCAAAUGUAUGUUUCAAUGACAAUCAACCACAACAUCGAAACCUUUUAUGUGUAUUUUUUUUUUUUUUUUUAAAUCAAACCAAAAUAAUUAAUGUGUUUUCAAUCACUGAGUCAGUCACACGGGUCCUGCUUCUGAAUCAUUAAAUAUGUGUUAAACAAAUUGAAUAAAAUAGGAGCCAUGGCAAUUUUCUUCUCUGAUGCAUUCGACAUGCUAUAUUACAUUUUUAAAAACUGUAAGGAUGAUUGCAAAAACAAAAUACUAGUAGGAACAUGCUUAUAAAUUGAAUCAACAUGGAAAAAAACACCAAAGAACUCUUACAGAUAAACAUAAUCAUUAAGGCUGGUAAUUAAUUCAUUCUGAAAAAAACAAGUUCCAGGUUAUAAAUUGUAGCGUCUUCUUUCAAGAACGAUGCGAUGAAACCUGGUGGCAUUUUUGUGGAUAUUUCUGUGGAGCAAAUAUUAAAUAAAUUUGAUAAAUUGUUGCAAAAGAAAGACAUUAUAAAGAAAA